CAGCUUUCUCCAUAUUAUGUUUAAAUUGCCUUAGUUAGUCUGGAUUUAAAUUGAAGCAACUGGCCUUGAUGCGCUUUUUAUCGGAAUCCAAAGAUUUCUCAGUAAAACUUUACCUUUGAGAACUGGCGCUUGCUACAAUUUCACGUGCAUGAGUUGGUAGGCCAAGUUAAUCAUAAGGAAGAAACCAAGAAGAGGUGUGCCAGGGCACCAAUCAACGGGAUUGCGGAUAUAUUAAAAUGGCUUCCACUGCGCUCCAACUUGUGGGUUUCGUACUUGGAGUAUUAUCAUGGAUAGGUAUGAUUGUGACGUGCGCAUCGCCAGAGUGGAGACAAACCAGUCACGGAAAAACUCUCAUAGAUGACACUAUAAGGUACGACGGGUUAUGGGCGCAAUGUCGAGCCUUCAGUACAGGACAAACACACUGUUCCGUUUACAGCAAGUUCUUCAUAGGGCUGCCUGGAGUUCUCCAAGUAUGCCGAGCUCUGAUGAUUACCUCAAUAACAUUGGGAUUUAUAGCUGUUGUCGUAACGAUACUGGGAAUAAAAUGCACUAGUAUCGGGAAUACAAACCCAAGGGCUAAAGCCAGAGCUGCAAUGAUCGGCGGACUGCUGUUCUUGGUAUCAGGUCUCCAAACAGGAAUAGCUGCCUCUCUAUUUGCCGGAUGUAUUUCAACAAGAUGCUUUGACCACAUGCAAAUUUCCGGGAUUUUCCAAACAAACUUUGACCUCGGCUUGGCAAUAUAUAUCGGCUGGAUUACAAUGACGUCAUCACUCUCAGCAGCUACGUUACUUAUAGUGUACGAUGACUACUGGCAGGGCCCUUCCAGGACAAUAGAUUUAGUCCACAUACGAAAAACAGACCGAUAUAACGCAAAAAUGUACGAUUUGGAAGCCAACGGUACUAUGGGGGUGUACAAGCGAAACACAAGUGUAAAAUUACAAUCGACGUCUCCGGGUUCGGUUCGUAGCGACCAGAGUACGAUAAGUUAUCCUUCGACGCGCACAUCAAACUUCACAAUGCGAACUAAACUUUUAAACAUUCCUCCUUUUGGGGAUAACUGGAAAACGCUGGUAUACAACACAGCAACUGACUCAAACACUCUCACAAAUUCGGACGAUCAGCAGUCGACGAAAACUAGCUGGAAAGAUAGCAUAAGCACAGCAAAAAAAGUAAAGCCUUUAGCAACAACACAUUUAUAGUCACAGCACUUUGCGUGUACUCACUUUCAUCUAUGCAAAUUUCGUUUCCACGUAUUUCGCAAAUUUGAUUUAUGAAUGAGGUUCUGCGCAAAACAGUUUGUUUUAGAAGCGGACAUCUUUUACACUGGGAAAAAAAAGUUUUAUAAAAUAAUGUAGCUAGAGCGCUUUGGCCAACUUGGCAAAAAUAGCUUAUCUUCAUCGUUAACUAAUCCUUAUAAGGUGGAAGUACCAUGAAACGUUACGUUUCCCUGGCUCAAAUUUUUUUUAUUCCAUCAAAGGCGAAUGUCUAUAGAUGUGUACCAGGGUCUGCCAAUGCCUUACCCUGAUUAGUUUACACUGUACAGUGAACACUAACCAGUGACAACAACAUUGAGUAUAUUAUACACAACGUCACAUCUAUAAAAAUUCGAAAAAGUAUGUAUAUAUAUGUCUACAUGUGUCUCACUGUGCUUGGUGCGCACUUCUCAUUGUUUUGGGUCACAUCUGUGACAGAAGCAAGUUACCAGGUCUUGGUCCACUCAACUUAUGUGCGAUACUAAUUUAAUUCUAUGUUAAACAAAACUCAUCAUCUUAGUUUUAGUUUUAGUUCAAAUCAGUGUGUUUUCGUCGCUCGGUCCUAUCCGGUAAUUGCAGUAUAAAUUGGGGUCAUAUUACUAUGUAUGUUUUAUUGGUAUGUAGUUUUAAUUGAUGCCACUUUUUAUAUUUGAAGUUAAGGUUUAAUCGAGGGUCGUAGUUUAUUUCAUUAGUGAAAAUCUUGCAUUUAUUAUAAAUUAAUUUGGUGUGUACUUGGUCAUGCAUGCUAAUUUGCUUGAAGCAUCCUGGGUUUUGCUAAUUUGCAUGAUUAUAAAGAAGUGUUUUUCAAACCGUGCUCAUGUGAACUUCAAUGUGGUUGUUAAUUUUAUUUGCUACCUCUU